AUGCUGUUGCGAAAGGCAAAUGUGAAAAAUGCCAUCGCCACCAGAAAGCAACGUGAAAACGCAAUCGCUACCGAAAGGCAACGUGAAAAUGCCACCGCCACCGAAAGGCAACGUGAAAACGCCACCGCCACCAAAAGACAACGUGAAAACGCCACCGCCACCGAAAGGCAACGUGAAAACGCCACCGCCACCGAAAGGCAACGUGAAAAUGCCACCGCCACCGAAAGAGUUCGACUUAAAACAGCUGAACUUUCUGUGACUGACCCUUCAAAUCAUCAGUUGUCAAACACAGAUGUUGAAUUGUUUUCAGGAGAGAAAGGAGACCGCGGGGAGAGGCGACGCACCCCUGGACUCAGAGGUGAGACGGGACUCAGCAGUGGAGGUGAAAGCGGAGCUCCUGGGGAGCCCUGCAAAAUUCCGCAGUCGUCUAGUCAUUCUCCGUGGGCCGAUUAUUACCAGGCCCUGAUCUUUGACACCGUCUUUGUGAACCUGGAGCACCACUUCAACCUGUUUAAAGGAAACUUCUGCUGUUUCGUUCCAGGAGUUUAUUUCUUUAACGUCAACAGUCACACGUGGAACUUUAAAGAGCCUUACCUUCAUCUGAUGCACAGUGAGCGCGAGCAGGUGACGCAGCCCAGCGAUCGACCCAUCAUGCAGUCGAAGCUCCAUGAUGAGGUGUGGGUGAGACUUUACAAACGGCAGCGAGAUAGCGCCAUCUACAGCGAUAACACCGACACUUACAGCACAUUCAACGGACACCUGGGGCCUCCUGAAGUGAGAAAUCUCGGAGAAUCUCAUGAUGAAGACGCUUGAGAGUUUUCAUUGAGCUUUCAUUUCAGUCCUGGAUUUCUCUUACACCUCUUCAUUUCAGACACGAUUAACAGUUUUGUGAAACAUUUCAAACCUAUUUAUGCCAGGUGUCAUUAUGUUGAAUGUCUACUAGAAGCUUCCAACACCAAAGAAAAUUCCUUGUGUGUGCAAGCACACUUAACAAUAAAGCUCUUAUGAUUCUGAAGAUCAUUUGAAGUAAA